UGUACAGUAACCAGAUAGAUUUAACUGUUCUUAUAGUAAAUCCGGGUUAAUUGAUAACUGGUAGUUCAUCCAGUUUAUAAGGGGGUUGGAAUUCCAAAACCCGUGUCAAAAGUAGAAAACGUGCAGGAAAGAGCAAUAUCCUGGUCCGUCUGCAAGAUGGGUGGUUUGCUUCAGGCUCUGCUAGUUAUAGUCUUUCUUCAAGGAUGCCACUGUGGGGAGGUCCACUCGUCCCAUGUCAGAGAUUUAACUUUAUCUGUGAAGGCGGCUGAAAACGAGUCUCAGGACACUGUUGAUGUUUCACCUGGUCAGCAUGAUGAACAACCCGCCAUUAAGUCACUGCAGUGCUCAGACUCUGCAUCCUCUCCUGUUAUUGUGGAGACCUGGCCCGAUCCAGCAGUCACCAGAAUUCCCACCUUCGCCGAUUGGACUUUCCAUUUCAAAUUCAACCAAAACAGCGACCAGACCUGUUUUGUCAAGGUUUACUACAGGGUCGGCGCUUGGGUAUUUUCAAUCGACGCCUCCGCUGGUGACAACGUUCAUUUCCCUGCCCCAGACACAAUGCAAGUUGUUGUACCCGCGAACAUGAAAGCGCUGCUAGCUGGAGGGCAAGUGUUUCAUGUGCUGUUGGAUGAGGGCAUAGUGACCGGUCCUGGGCCAUGCUAUGUUCCAUCAGCUGCCGUUACGGACCCCAAUUUCUACAAAGUAUUGUACAGUGGCUUGCCAGAUCGAUACUACGAUACUCCGUACUACACAACUCCAGCGCCACCAUCAAGUUGCUCUGACACAGAACGUCCCACUGUCAUUCAGUCUUGGCCAGCUGAUGGAUUUUACUCUUCACUCAGCAUAGCUAAACUAACCCUCAAGUAUGAUCGAGAGGUCACGGUGGCUCAGAGCCUAACAGGUGUUUACAUAUACAGACGACAUGCUUGGCAGUCUGCCCAGAACUGCGACAUUGUCCAGACGGCUGUAGACACAAUAGAAACAGACUGUUAUUCGUCGAUGAAUUUGGAUCUACAUGAUUUGGAUGGUAAUGGAGUGUUUACCAUUAUAAUGGCUGAGGAUGUAGUGACUGGUCCUGCCCCUUGUAAUGCUUCUUCUGGUUGGCUUGCUAUCACACUGUACACCGGCUCACCACCAGCUACUGAUGGGGCCCCAACAUACGCAUACAUCACCGAGCAGUUUGGAGACUGGACGACGCGUGACAACCCAGGCUUCCAGCCAACAACCGAAUAUUGGCCAACAACCCAGGAAGUUACAGAAUCACCGUAUAGAGUGCCAGCAACAACUCCAUGGCCGGACUGUGCAGGUUUGGCAUAUCCUGCUGUCGUUGAGGCCUGGGCUGACGCUACAGUCAGCCCCUAUUAUAGCUGGAUCUGGAAUUUCAGAUUUGAUCAACAUAUAACCAAGGCAACAGGCUCCAGUUGGGUCUAUGCUAAUUUCUACGAAAGCAGCGGACAGUUUAGAUUAGGAAUCCCCACCCGGGUUACUUACAACGUCCGAUUUCCAGCUCCCGACACGCUGCAAGUUAUAGUCCAUGAUCAACCACCUUAUAUGCCAAGUUACCUGCCCAUAGGACAGGAAUAUUAUGUCCUACUUGAUGAAGGUGCAGUAAAUGGCGCAGCUCCAUGCUAUUUACUGAUGAGGUCCCAAUAUACACCAGUCAUGUACUUGAGGAUUCAACCACAUCAUCGGAAUCUGACAACCCUACCAAACAGCCUACAGAAUUCACAACAGAGGAGAUCGGAUGGUCUACCCACCAACCCCGAGUGA